AUGACAGCGUGGGGAGUACUUGCCGCUGUCAGUCUUUUCACCCGCUCCCACUUGUCAGCGUGCACGCUCCUGCCACCAAAACAGCUGUGCGCGCUUAGAGAAAGCGCGGUCACAGCAGAGGUGGAGCUCUCCAGCAAUGCUGUUUUGCACCAGAUGAGACGAGAUCAGGUCACAGACGUGUGUCGGGCCAAUAACGUGUUAAGCAGGAAACGGCGUGUACUAACUCCCAAUGACCUGAAACACUUGGUGGUGGAUGAAUAUCAUGAACUGAUUUACUGCUAUGUGCCAAAAGUGGCGUGUACCAACUGGAAGAGGGUAAUGAUGGUCCUUACAGGAAGAGGUAAAUACAGUGACCCUAUGGAAAUACCGGCAAAUGUGGCUCAUGUCUCCUCCAACCUCAAGACCCUCAACCAGUAUAGCAUUCCAGAAAUUAACCAUCGCUUAAAAAAUUUCAUGAAGUUCCUGUUUGUCCGUGAACCUUUUGAGAGGUUGGUUUCAGCCUACAGAAAUAAAUUUACCCAGAAAUACAACACAUCUUUCCACAAACGCUAUGGCACCAAGAUAAUAAGGCGGCAGCGGAAAAAUGCCACCCAAGAAGCACUGCUUAAUGGCAGCGAUGUCAAAUUUGAGGAGUUUGUUGCUUAUCUUAUUGAUCCACACACCCAAAAAGAAGAGCCCUUUAAUGAGCACUGGCAAACGGUCUUUUCUCUCUGCCAUCCAUGUCAUAUCCAUUAUGAUCUCAUAGGAAAAUACGAAACCUUAGAAGAUGAUUCUAAUUAUGUCUUGCAACUGGCAGGAGUGGGUAACUAUCUGAAAUUUCCCACCUUUGCCAAGUCUACCAAAACUACUGAUGAAAUGACCGCAGAAUUUUUCCAGAACAUCAGCUCAGAGCACCAAACUCAACUGUAUGAGGUCUACAAACUGGAUUACUUAAUGUUCAACUACUCAACUCCAGCCUACCUAAAACUAGAAUGAAAUUCCAUCCAUGCCUGAUGGAGGAUUUUCUUAAAGCGUGAAUAGAGGGUCAUUUUGUAAAUUCAUGGCAGGCUGAAGUGGGGUUAGGGUGGGAGGGAUGAUAGUGAUUUAUUUGUGCUGCGAGCAGUGCAAACAGAAUAAUUUAAAUUUCUUCAUAAAGAAGGACUGCUCUCUGUAGGGUAAGAGGAAUCUAAGCUAGUCCGAAGACACGCAAACUGCUACUAUGCUGUUCUCAAGUUCCGUGGCGCCUUCAUGCUCUAUGUUAAUUGUCUAUAAAUUAUUUAUAGUUAUUUAAACUAUGUCUCUUGAUCUGAAUAAGUCUAUUGUAUGUCUGUAAAUAUAUAUAGAUAUAUCUGUGUAUAUCUAUAUAUAAUAUAUUUGUAUGUGUGUGUCUAUAUACAUAUAUAUGUACAUAUGUACAUAUUUUCAGAGCCAAAUAUUAACAAAUUUCAAAUCCAUGCUGAUCCAUUUAGUAAAUAAAUUGCUACUGUCAUUGGAUUUACAUGACCAUUUUUGAAAGCAAACGCAUUCUUUUAGCCUCAUAUACAGAAUGACUAUAUAGUUUUAUUUUGAAUAGAAAAGAAGGAAUGUUGUGUUAUCAAAUACAUGGCGUUAAUAACACUGCCCUUGAUUUUGGAUUUUGUGCUUUUAUGUCAGUAAUUUAUUUUGUGAAGUUUAGAAAUUCAAACUUGGUUUAUGUGUUUAUAAUCAGGUAUACAUGUUUAUAAGUUUAAUCUAUGUAGAUCCAAAAAGGCAUUUCCAAAUACGUCCAUUCUGAUUGGUAUUCAUUGCAAAUACAUAUAAAAUGCAAAUGAUGCAAAGGUAGUAUGUAGUGAUACCUCCUUAUGUUUACAAGUAUAAUAAUGGACAUGUAGUUAAUGCAGUGAGCACAUGGAUCAUUUGGCCAAAUUCAGUAUUGAUACAGAAUGUUAGCCUUGUUUAGUAGUCCAUGAUCAAGGCUUCUUUUGGAGUAUUUAUAAAGUAAUGUGUCCUUUCUCCAAGAUAUACUAUCAGUUAAUUUUGGAUUUGCCCAUGGUAUUUAAACAGAGAAAAUAUGCAAACAUUGACAUUUAUUAAGUGCAAUUUGUAUUCAGGUGCUGCAUAUCAGAACAGAGCUUUAUCCCAUAAACUUAUUUUGGUGCCAGUUAGCUUACCUAUUAGUUAAUUUUUUGAAGUUCUAGCAGAGGGUUGUUUAUAGCUAUGUAAAAUUCUAGAAGCCGAGUAUAUUAGUAUCGUAAAUCUCCAGAA